AUGUAUGUAAAAGCAAUAAAGCAUUUCAUCCAAAAGACCAAUUUCAAAAUAUUCAAAUACAAUGGUGUUUGUGUGGUCUCAUGUUUUGUUUGUAAUUUUUUUUUUCCUUAUUCACUUCUCUCUUUCACAUUUACUACAUGUUUACCUCAAAUUCAGCCAAAAUGUCAUCAAUAUGAAAGCCAUGCCUUGUUGCAAUUUAAGGAAGGCUUUGUCAUCAAUAACUUAGCCUCUGAUGAUCUUCUUGGUUAUCCUAAAACAUCAUCUUGGAAUUCCAGCACAGAUUGCUGCUCAUGGGAUGGCAUUAAAUGUCAUAAGCACACAGAUCAUGUGAUUCACAUCAAUCUUAGUAGCAGCCAACUCUAUGGUACAAUGGAUGCAAAUAGCAGUCUCUUUCGCCUUGUGCACCUUCGAGUUCUUGAUCUAUCUGAUAAUAACUUCAAUUACUCUAAAAUCCCUACCAAGAUAGGUGAGCUUUCACAACUAAAAUUUUUGAACCUUUCUCUUAACUUAUUUUCUGGAGAAAUUCCACGACAAGUUUCCCAGUUGUCCAAGUUGUUGUCUCUUGAUCUAGGUUUCAGAGCUAUAGUACGUCCUAAAGGUAGUACAUCCAAUUUGUUGCAACUCAAAUUGUCUAGUCUCAGAAGCAUAAUUCAAAACUCAACAAAAAUUGAGAUCCUUUUUCUUAGUUUUGUAACUAUUUCAUCUACUUUACCAGACACACUCACGAAUCUAACUUCAUAAAAAAACUAUCUCUUUACAAUUCUGAAUUGUAUGGUGCAUUUCCAGUUGGAGUAUUUCAUCUUCCAAACUUGGAACUUCUAGAUUUGAGAUAUAAUCCAAAUCUCAAUGGUAGAUUGCCU